GGUAAGGUCAAGGCACCCGGCGCCUGAGCUGCCAAGGAAGGAGUCGGGGGUGCUGCGUGAGACUAAGAGUUGAGGGGCAAGGAAACAAAAUCGGAUUUCCUCAGAGGGCCAGAGGAAGAGACUGAAGCACGCGAGCCCUAAAUCCUUGGGCGGGGGGAGGUGGUCCCUGCCAUGCCCACGACGGGUGGGCGCGUCUUUACCGACUGCCUGCACGGAUCCGCAGAUGUGCUGGGCGCUUAGAUGCCUGCGGCUAUGCAGAGACGCAGUCCAGAGCGCUGACCCCAGAUCCUGGUGGGGGCUGGAUCCCAGGGCCCCGACAUCCCUUUGCAAUUUCCAGCCAGCAGCUAAAGACUCCCCUCCCGGGGCUUUAAAGAGAGGCUCCAGGCUCGCGAUCCACGAACACACAAAAACCUUCCUUGCUGAUGUUCUGAAGAAAAGCCCCGCCUCAGCCCUAUGAAUGCUGGGAGAAAAGAUGUUCACUGUGCUGACCCGCCAACCAUGUGAGCAAGCAGGCCUCAAAGCCCUCUACCGAACUCCAACCAUUAUUGCCUUGGUGGUCUUGCUUGUGAGUAUUGUGGUGCUUGUGAGUAUCACUGUCAUCCAGAUCCACAAACAAGAGGUCCUCCCUCCAGGACUGAAGUAUGGUAUUGUGCUGGAUGCCGGGUCUUCUAGAACCACAGUCUACGUGUAUCAAUGGCCAGCAGAGAAAGAGAAUAAUACCGGAGUGGUCAGUCAAACCUUCAAAUGUAGUGUGAAAGGCUCUGGAAUCUCCAGCUAUGGAAAUAACCCCCAAGAUGUCCCCAAAGCCUUUGAGGAUUGUAUGCAAAAAGUCAAGGGGCAGGUUCCAUUUCACCUCCACGGCUCCACCCCCAUUCACCUGGGAGCCACAGCUGGGAUGCGCUUGCUGAGGUUGCAAAAUGAAACAGCAGCUAAUGAAGUCCUUGAAAGCAUCCAAAGCUACUUCAAGUCCCAGCCCUUUGACUUUAGGGGUGCUCAAAUCAUUUCUGGGCAAGAGGAAGGGGUAUAUGGAUGGAUUACGGCCAACUAUUUAAUGGGAAAUUUCCUGGAGAAGAACCUUUGGCAUAUGUGGGUGCACCCGCAUGGAGUGGAAACCACGGGUGCCCUGGACUUAGGUGGUGCCUCCACCCAAAUAUCCUUCGUGGCAGGAGAGAAGGUGGAUCUGAACACCAGCGACAUCAUGCAGGUGUCCCUGUAUGGCUACGUGUACACGCUCUACACACACAGCUUCCAGUGCUAUGGCCGGAAUGAGGCUGAGAAGAAGUUUCUGGCAAUGCUCCUGCAGAAUUCUCCUACCAAAAACCAUCUCACCAAUCCCUGUUACCCUCGGGAUUAUAGCAUCAACUUCACCAUGGGCCAUGUAUUUGAUAGCCUGUGCACUGUGGACCAGAGGCCAGAAAGUUAUAACCCCAGUGAUAUCAUCACUUUUGAGGGAACUGGGGACCCAUCUCUGUGUAAGGAGAAGGUGGCUUCCUUAUUUGACUUCAAAGCUUGCCAUGAUCAAGAAACGUGUUCUUUUGAUGGGGUUUAUCAGCCAAAGAUUAAAGGGCCAUUUGUGGCUUUUGCAGGAUUCUACUACACAGCCAGUGCUUUAAAUCUUUCAGGUAGCUUUUCCCUGGACACCUUCAACUCCAGCACCUGGAAUUUCUGCUCACAGAAUUGGAGUCAGCUCCCACUCCUGCUCCCCAAAUUUGAUGAGGUAUACGCCCGCUCUUACUGCUUCUCAGCCAACUAUAUCUACCACUUGUUUGUGAAUGGUUACAAAUUCACAGAGGAGACUUGGCCCCAGAUACAUUUUGAAAAAGAAGUGGGGAAUAGCAGCAUAGCCUGGUCUCUUGGCUACAUGCUCAGCCUGACCAACCAGAUACCAGCUGAAAGCCCUCUGAUCCGUCUGCCCAUAGAACCACCUGUCUUUGUGGGCACCCUUGCUUUCUUCACAGCGGCAGCCUUGCUGUGUCUGGCAUUUCUUGCGUACCUGUGUUCAGCAUCCAGAAAAAAGAGGCACUCCGAGCAUGCCUUUGACCAGGCAGUGGAUUCAGACUGAGCCUUCAAAGCAGCUCCUGGAGUCCAGUGGCUGCUUAGAGUCAGCCUGGGUGGCACCAGGCAACACAGGUAAAGUGGCUGCCUUCAGGAAAUACAACUAACUAAAAUCAAACACCUAGGUCACGUGCCUCUCAAAUACUGAUUUCUGCCACAGUAGCUCUUGGGGCGUCCCUUGGCUAUUCUGUGCAUAUUGCUCUUCAGAGACCUCACUACCCAUGUGCUGAUCUAUUGGGGAACAGAGAAGAGACAGGCCACCAAGAUCAGGCUCUUUAUUUUAAGUCCCCCAGAGGAAGAGUAAGUUGAGAGGGUAUCAGCUUAAUGUUGAAGAAUUGACCUCAGGGCUCAGUUUCUAUUUCCCUCCCUCAGUAUUCUUCCUGGCAGGAUACCCAUUAAGCAUUUGGCCCAAUCAGAUAUCUCAUUUUAUAGUUUUUUUUCCCCAUUGGUCUUUAACUAAGACUUUCUUGUAGCAAUCUCAUAAGCAGUGAACCCCUCAGAUCAGUAGAAUAUAGUAUCUGGGGGAGAAGACUUAUUUCCCUCAGGGCAGUGGCCACAGCCAGGCUUCUGUCAUAUAGGUGGAUCCCGAAGCACAGAAACAUAAAAACGGUCUCCCAGAAAACUAUAGACCAUUCUCCAAGUGGAAUUCCCACUUAGGGCUCUGGUCACUAGAUUGCAACCUUUGUGUUUGUCAUCAUCCUCAUCUCACCACUGUAUUGCUAUGCCCUCCCAUAAAAACACAUUUAUCUCUAGCAAGAUUGUUGCAUUCCAGAUUUUACUGCCUUUGCUAGGCUUUUGUUUAGCAAAGGGCUGCCUUUCCAUUGUUUUCAUGGUGUAUAUAUUUUUGUCACCAUUCCCACAGUAUACUUGAUGUUGUCAUAGAACAUCCUACUUUAUGAUUUACUAGCCAAUUACUUUCCUAGAUCAUAGACCUCUCUGCAUAGUAGUCAUAGGUCUUGACUUUGGGGAAAGAAAAGGAAGCUGCAGGAAUAUUUAUCUCCAAAGUUGAAUGAGAAAGAACUCCAGCAAAUCCAAUGGCUACAAAGUAAAAAUCAGCAUUAUUUCAUAUUGCUGUUUCUUAGCUGAAUAUGGAAUAAAGAACUAUUAUUUUAUUUUGACUUGCA